AUGUACGCCGUCCUCCGCCGCGCGGCGCCCCUCCGGCGGCGCGCCGUGUUCGCGCUCGCGGCCCCGCUGCUCCAGCAGCAGCCGGCGGCCCUGGGCGCGGCCGUGGCCCCGCGGCCGCCGCCGCCGCCGCUCCCGGCGGGAGCGGCCGCGGCCGCGUGGUUCCACUCCUCGCCGGCGUGGCUCGGGUUCCGGGAGACGGGGCCCGCAGGGGCGGCGGCGCGCGCGGAGUUCGCGGCGGAGGAAGGGUCGUUCUACGAGGAGGAUAAGAGGGCGCCGGCUACCGGGGGCGCGGCGGCGGAGGGGCUCGAGAUUGCCAAGCUCGGGAUCUCGUCCAAGAUCGUCGAAAGGCUCGCCCGUAAGGGCAUCACCAAGCUGUUCCCCAUCCAGAGAGCUGUCCUUGAGCCAGCAAUGCAAGGAAGGGACAUGGUUGGUCGUGCCAAAACUGGGACUGGUAAAACUUUGGCAUUUGGAAUCCCCAUAUUGGAUGCAAUUAUCCGCCACAAUGAGAAGUACACGGCUGGUAAGUUUCCCUUGGCUAUUGUUUUGGCGCCAACAAGAGAACUUGCAAAACAGGUUGAGAGGGAGUUCCUUGAUUCCUCCCCCUUGGAAACACUGUGUGUAUAUGGAGGGACUCCGAUUAUGCAGCAAAUAAGGAAACUUAAUUACGGUGUUGAUGUGGUCAUUGGGACACCUGGACGCGUGAUUGAUCUGCUAAAAGAGGUUGGUGAGGAUGACCAGAAGCUGCCUGAAGGAAUUAGUCUGCUCUCUGUCUCUUCGGAGAACCGUCAAAAACCAGCUGUCCUUGGGGAAUUGAUUAAGGAACAUGCGAAAGGUGGUAAGUGCAUUGUUUUUACACAAACAAAAAGGGAUGCAGAUAGAUUGUCACACAAUAUGAGUCGAAGUUUCCAAUGUGAGGCUCUUCAUGGGGAUAUCUCUCAAUCCCAAAGAGAGAGAACACUGGCAGGAUUUCGAGAUGGGCGGUUUAAUAUAUUAAUUGCCACUGAUGUCGCUGCUCGUGGAUUGGAUAUCCCAAAUGUAGAUCUGGUGAUACAUUAUGAAUUGCCAAACUCGUCAGAGAUGUUCGUUCACAGAUCUGGCCGAACUGGACGUGCUGGGAAGAAGGGCACUGCAAUUGUGAUAUACAACUAUGAACAAAGUAGAGCUGUACGGGUCAUUGAACGUGACGUUGGAUGCAAGUUUACAGAGCUUCCAAAAAUUAAUGUCGAGGGAUCUGUCUUGCUGGAUGGUGGAUUUGACUCCUUCGGAGGUGGAGGGUAUAGCGGUUCAAACUAUGGGCGCUCACGGGGCUUUGGUGGACGUGGGGGUGGUGGUUUUGGCCGAUCGGGUGGCGGCGGAAGUGGAUUUGGCAAUUCUGGAUUUGGUCGCUCAAGCGGUGGAUUUGGUGACUCAGGAUUUGGCCGUUCUGGUGGUGGAGGAUUCGGUGACUCAGGGUUUGGCAGGUCAGGUGGAGGUGGAGGAUUCGGUGACUCAGGAUUAGGCCGGUCAGGUGGUGAUGUAGGAUUCGGUGACUCAGGGUUUGGUCGCUCAAGUGGUGGUGGAUCUGGUUUUGGUCGUUCUGGUGGAUUUGGUGAUUCUGGUUCAGGUCGAUUCGGUGGCGGUUUUGGUAAUUCUGGCUCAGGUAGUUUUGGUGGCUUUGGCGACAAGAACUCACGAUAG